AUGCGUUCUCCACUCUGGUCCCUCGCGUUGAUGGCGAGCUCUUGCCUAGCUCAGGGCGACAUCGUCGGGCUUCUUUCCUCUCAGCCCGAUCUCAGCACGCUCCUUGAGCUCGUCAGUCUCGUUGACGGUCUCGCGGAGACUCUCGCCUCAUCCUCGAACAUCACUAUCAUUGCGCCGACCAACGAUGCCUUCGCGAAGGUGCCACGCAACAUCCCCGAGGGGGAGGCCAUCGAGUUCAAAAACGACACCAUCGCGAUCGGAGCUCUUCUCGCCAACCACGUCUUCAAGGGAGUGUACCCUUCGAACGUGAUCACCAACACGCCCACGUAUGCCCAGACCUUGGUGGACGAUUCGUACAUCAUCGACAGGCAGCCUUUCUCCAACUUCACUGGCGGCGGUUACAACGGACUCGUCAAGAAUGGAAACGAUGUCUGCAUCUUGUCCGGAGAGCUGACCAUCUCUACCGUCAUCCAACCUGACAUUAAGCUGGGUGAAGGUAUCACGAUUCACAAAGUCGACACCGUCAUGGCAUUUGCGGCUCCGCUCCAGCUAUUCACGUUCAGGGCGGGCUACCUCGCCUUUAACGCCGCGCUUGAAGCCGCUGAGCUCAACUUCUCGUUUGGCCUCACCGGAGCCGAUACUCCGACCACCAAUAUCUCUGACUACACCAUAUUUGUGCCUACUGACGAAGCCUUCGAGGUCAUCGGUUCCGUGGUCCAGACGGCGGAUAAAGCGACGCUCCGGGAGGUGCUCAGCUACCACAUCAUCCCCAACAAUGUCAUCUUCUCCCCGUCCCUGGGAAACGUUACCGUCAAGUCUCUUCAAGGCAGCGACCUGACUUUCACCGUCUUGCCCGAUGGUUCUGCCUGGGUCAACAACGCCAGAAUCACGUUCCCCAACACGAUUUUGUACAACGGCAUUGCACAUGUCAUUGACAGUGUACUCAUGCCAGGAACCUUCGACCGAGCUUCUCUGACCCCGGCCGCGCCAGCAUCUGAUCGCGUUGCUUUCCCCGGUGCGUCAUCGGUUUCCAGCUUGCCUCCGUCGACUGUCACUUUCCUUGGAGACCUGGAUGUUUACACGACGACGCCCCUAUUGCUGCAGACCUAUGCUGCCGUCGUCACAUCUCCCACGGCCGCCCCGACUCAUUCUGGCAAUGCCACCGCCACGACCUCGCGUCCGCCAGUUGCAGUUCCCACCGGAACAGCCACCGGCCUGUUUCCCGGCGCUCUCCUCGCUCUUUCUGUCGCAGCAGGUAUUGCUGCCUUCAUGAUUUAG